AUGCUGUCGACUCGUCCAAUGCCCGCUAAAGUGGAGAUCCGAGACGUAUGGGCGACUAAUUUGGAAGAAACGAUGAAGACGAUUCGAGAGGUUGUGAUUAAAGGUUGUUACGUGGCAAUGGAUACGGAAUAUCCUGGUGUUGUGGCGCGUCCUAUCGGUUCCUUUACUACAUCAUCUGAUUAUCAGUAUCAGACAUUACGUUGUAACGUAGAUCUGCUACGAAUCAUUCAAUUGGGUGUGGCUUUCUUCAAUGAAGAUGGCUCAUAUAUGGCAGAUCAGCCCGUGUGGCAAUUUAACUUCAAGUUUAGUCUUAGUGAAGACAUGUAUGCUCAGGACUCUAUUGAAAUCCUGAAACAAGCAGGAAUUGACUUUGCUAAACAUGAAGAGAAGGGAAUUGAAGUCGCCAAGUUUGGAGAGCUAUUGGUACCAUCGGGUCUUGUACUAGGUGACCAUGUCAAAUGGGUUUCGUUCCACGGCUCAUCGGACUUUGGUUAUCUACUGAAAGUGCUGACUUGUGCGCCACUGCCGGCGGAAGAAGACACGUUCUUUGAUUUGUUGCACACGUACUUUCCGGCAACGUAUGACUUGAAACAUGUAGCGAUGGACUUUGACAAGGUGGGAGGACUUAGUCGCUUGGCUGAGGAUCUCAAGGUAGAGAGAAUAGGCAUCAUGCACCAGGCUGGAUCCGACGCGUUACUCACGGCCGCUACUUUCUUUAAAAUGGUCGAGGUCUUUUUCGAAGGGAAGGUCGAGAAUGCAGUCAAAUACUCUGGUCAGCUCUAUGGUCUGGGCAACAGCAUCGCCAACUUGGGUCAAACAUAA